GAAGGGGAUUCCACACAAUUUGCGCAGUAAUACAAGUCAACUUAUAACAAAUGGCCGGCAAAAAGAGAAAAGCCUCUGCGCCCAGUGCGAGAAAUGGCACACAGGAUUUCGACAAGUCUAAAGGCAAAGUGGCCUUCGCAACAUAUGAAGAUAUCGCGGACUCCGAGGAUGAAUUUCAUAUCAACAGAGAUAAAGUUAUGUUGGAUGAAAAACCUCACGCAAAACGCCAAAGAAAAUCAAAAGAUGAAGGUCAGCGCUUUUGGAACUCUGAAAUUCACAGUGACUGAUGGAUUUUUACAGAUGAAUUAAUUGAGCAAUCGGACGAAGAAAUCUUAGGAUACUCGGAAGAGAGCUCGGAGGAAGAAGAAGAAAUAGAAGCGCCAAAAUCGAAGAGCAAAUCUAAAGCACAACUAUCUGAUGAUGAGGCCGCAGAAGAGGAAGACGGAGAUGCUGAGGGCUGGGGAUCGUCGAAGCGCGAUUACUACGAUGCGGAUAAUAUUGAGACUGAAGCCGAUGCCCUGGAGGAAGAGGCAGAGGCUAAACGAUUACAACAAAAGAAACUACAGAAAAUGUCGGAAGCAGAUUUUGGAUUCGAUGAGAACGAAUGGCUAGGCGAGGGAGGUGACGAUGAAGAGGGAGAUGUGGUAACAGAGGUUUUGAAGGAUGUGGAGAUCACUGAAGAUAUGGGCCCGGCAGAAAGGCUGAGGAUACUACAAACGAGAUAUCCGGAAUUCGAGUUUCUGGCGAACGAAUUUUUAGCACUACAGCCCGUUCUACAAGAAUUACAAAAGGAAGUAGAUGGAAUGUCCGAGGAUGCAAUUGAAGCAAUGCCUAUUCCAGCUGUGAAGGCCAGGACUUUGGCAGCUUACAUGGCUGCCUUAAGCAUGUACUUUGCGAUAUUGACCUCUCCGGUGAAGGAUGGCAAAGUACAGGAGAAAACUAUUGAUCCACUAGAGCUGAGAGAUCACGCUGUUAUGGACAGCUUACUGCAAUGUCGGGAGUUAUGGUCCAAGGUCAAAUCAACUGAAGUUACGGAGGAGGAGGCUAGCUCGGAAGACGAAUCAAUGGAGGAUCUAGAGGACACAAUCACGGCAGAAGAGGAGACGGAGACAAUCCGACCUACCAAAAAAUCUAGGAAAGAAUUGACUCGCGUUGCUGCAGCUGAAAGGGCCGCUGCAAAACGUAGUAAACAAAUCCAGGAAGCGGAGGCUGAUUUGGCAGAUCUUGAUGAUCUUGUCUCGAAAUCGAAGAAAUCGAGGAAGGCAUCGAAAGCUCUCGUCGAGGCAGACGACGAUUCUGACUUUGGUGAAGAAGAAACUAUGGAUGCCAAGGCUGCGGAAGAAAAGGCUAAGAGAAAGAAGUCACUCAAAUUUUACACAUCCCAAAUUGCCCAGAAAGCAAAUAGGAGAGCUGAUGCUGGAAGGGGAGCUGGUGGUGACGAGGAUCUACCUUACAGAGAAAGGCUUCGAGAUCGUCAGGCACGACUCAACCUUGAGGCUGAGAAGAGGGGAAAGAAAUUGGAUGAGUAUGGAAGAGGCACGGCUCUCGGUGGAGAUAGCGAUGAUGACGAGCAGGCAGCUGUUGCUGACGAGGUUCGAGAUGAUGGAGACGAGUAUUAUGAUAUGGUCGCACAAACAUCGAAGAAACGCAAGGAUGACAAAGACGCCAAAUACGCAGCAAUUGCAGAAGCAAAGAAAGCAGGAAAAUUGGCGAGAGUGGUUGAGGUGGAGAAUGAUGAAGACGGGAAGAGAGCUAUUGGAUAUGUUAUUGAGAAGAACAAGGGAUUAGCGCCAAAGAGGAAGAAGGAGGUCAGAAACCCCAGAGUAAAGAAGAGGAUGAAGUACGAUGAGAAGAAGAAGAAGUUGAGUAGCAUGCGGGCUGUGUACAAGGGCGGGGAAGAGAAGGGUGGUUACGGUGGUGAGAAGACUGGUAUUAAGACUGGUUUGGUCAAGAGUAGAAAGUUGUAGGAUAUUAGCAAGGCGUCUUACCAAAAUGACCAAACCCCUUGGCAGGUGGAAAUUCGGUGUUCUUUCGAUCGAUACCUCGGAUUACAAGUGGUUGUACAGAUUUCACAUGUUCUUAUCCCCAAUGUCUAAAGUCCUUUCAUACCCUUUUCUUUAGGAUUUCAUGUAACGCAAAGGCGUUGAAAUGUCUCGGCUCAGCAUGUUGCAGUACUCCCUGAUAUCCAGGGAAUUCCCUACUGAAUGACUAGUGAAUU